GCUUUGCCUCUUUCUUCUCUCUUUCAAUUUUCUCUUUAAUUUCCUCAUUUUCAGAGAUAAAAAGCAUCGUUUUUUUAUAUAACGAAAGGUCACUGUUUGAUUGCUUAAGAAGAAUCUUUUUAUCAUAAAACCUCAUCUGGGCCGGUCCUUAAUUCCAAGAAACUUAUAUAUCAAUAUAUAUUUUUCUGGUGGUGGCUCAUGGUUUAAGAGAGCUUCUUCAAACAACCGAAGCUGCUUUCUCAAGAAGAAAAGAAUCAAAGGUUUACUACGCUUUUGCCAUCGCCCAUCAACCCACAACACAAGAAAAAAGAUUCAAGCUUUGGAUUCGUUUUGUUAACUAAAAAAAAAAAGGGAUAAAAAAAAGGAUUUCACGUGUUUCUGUGUUUGUGAAUGUGUGAAGCACUUAGAAAAGAGUGAAGAGUUUUGAUUAUUAUUAUUAAAAAAAAAAAAGAGUUUAUCUCUGUGUGUCUGUCAGUAAAUUCGAGCUUUGAGUGGAAUAGUGGAUGCUUUGUGCAUCUCUAAGUAUUUUUUUUUCCCUUUUUCUAUGUUCUCUUUGAGAUGUGAAACUCCAUUAGCCAACGUUUCCUUAAGUUGUAUCUGAGAGACCCUUCUUUUCUUCCAGAGUCUUUGCUUCUCUGUUUCUUGACCAGACACAUUUUUGAGUCUUUUUAGCUUUCUCUUUGAGAUCUUAUUCACUAAUUCAAGACCAUGAAGUUCAUGAAACUUGGAUCCAAACCUGAUUCAUUUCAAUCUGAAGGAGACAAUGUUAGGUAUGUAUCAAGUGACUUAGCAACAGAUGUUAUUGUAACCAUUGGCGAUGUCAAGUUCUAUCUUCACAAGUUUCCAUUGCUGUCCAAGAGCGCACGCUUACAGAAACUAAUAGCAACAACAUCAUCAUCAUCAUCCAACGAAGACAACGAGAUUCAUCAAGAAGAAGACGAGAUCGUCAUACCAGAGAUCCCCGGCGGUCCUGCUUCAUUUGAGAUCUGUGCUAAGUUCUGCUACGGCAUGACCGUCACGCUAAACGCUUACAACGUAGUCGCCGCUCGCUGCGCAGCCGAGUUUCUUGAGAUGCACGAAACCGUCGAAAAGGGGAACCUCGUUUACAAGAUCGAAGUGUUCUUGAGCUCGAGCAUACUCCAAAGCUGGAAAGACUCGAUCAUCACGCUUCAGACCACUAGAGCUCUGUCUCCGCACGCCGAAGAGCUGAAGCUAACGGGCCGUUGCCUCGAGUCCAUCGCCUCUAGGGCUUGCAUCGAUACUUCGAGGGUCGAAUGGUCUUACACUUACAGCAAGAAGAAGAAUCUCGACAAUGGUUCAAGGAGACCGCAGGCUGUUCCUAGAGACUGGUGGGUUGAGGAUCUUUGUGAUCUUCAUAUAGAUUUGUAUAAGCGAGUGAUCGCUACGAUAGAAUCAAGAGGGAAAGUCUCAGCUGAUGUUAUCGGUGAAGCGUUGCACGCUUAUGCGACCAAAAGGGUUCCAGGGUUCAGCAAGAGCAGUAGCUCGGUACAGAUCACUGACUAUGAUAAGUACAGAGCUUUGGUUGGUUCCAUCAUUGAGAUGAUUCCUGAGGAGAAACGAAGCGUUUCUUCCUCUUUCUUGACUAAGCUGCUGCGAGCUUCCAUCUUUCUUGGCUGUGAUGAAGAAACAGGGUUGAUAAACAGAGUCGGCGAGCGGCUAGAUGAGGCUAGUUUGGGUGAUGUUACGGUCUAUGAUGUUGACUUGAUGCUGAACUUAGUUGAGGUGUUCUUGAAAUCUCGCUCUGAAGAAGAUGAUGUAACAAGAAAAGCAUCGGUUGCCAAGCUUGUUGACGGCUAUUUAGCUGAAAGAUCGAGGGAUUCUGAUAAGUUGACUCUUCAGAAGUUUCUAGCACUCGCGGAGAUGGUCUCAAGCUUUCCAAGACAGUCUCACGACGGGGUUUAUCGCGCUAUCGAUAUGUUUCUUAAGGAACAUCCGGAGAUCAGCAAGAGCGAGAAGAAGAGAAUCUGCAGGCUAAUGGACUGUAGGAAGCUAUCAGUAGAAGCUUGCGCGCACGCUGUUCAGAACGAGAGGUUACCAAUGCGUGUGGUGGUGCAAGUGCUCUUCUUCGAACAGGCUAGAGCUAACAACAACAACGGUUCGUCAUCAACGGGAAACAGCACGCCUGAGAUCAUUCCUGCUUCGAGGUCGACGAAUACUGAGGAUGAGACUGAGUCUUGGGACACGGAAGAUAUAAAGACGUUGAGGGGUGAGUUAGCAAGUCUAAGACUCGCAAAGAAUCAGCAGCAGGAGAGUAAUAAAGGGAAGCUGGUGAAAGGAGGAGGGUUGGGAGUUUCUAGAGUGUUUUCGAAGCUUUGGUCUGGUAAAGAGAGGAGUGGAGAGAUGAUGAGUAGCUCGGGGACUUCGAGUCCUGGUUCUGUUAAUGAUGACUCUAAGUCUUCCUCUUCAACAAACAAGAAGCAUUAGAAGAACCAGAAGAAAGAAAAGAGUUCGUCUUUUAUUAGGUUGCUAAAAUGUUCAUGCGAUGAUGACUAACCUUUGUGGUUUUGUUAUUCCUUAGUUGGUAUGAUGUUUAGAAUGGAAGUGUUAAAAACAGAACAUGGUUCUUGAAAUAAUAAUAAGAUGAUAGUAAUUUUCUUG